UCUGCGCCGCUCAUUCGUCCCUCAGAAAUCUCUUUUCAUUGGGGCAGGUAAAGAUAGACGGGCCUGUCCCCAGUGGCCCAGUCCGUACUAUAUCUGGCCAUGUCUCGCCCCUCUCCCUCCCAGGCCUGCCUUUUCUUCCCUUUUGCCCCUCGAUGCGAUAACUCGAGAACAACGCCCUUUCCUCGCUCAAUCGCAGUUGUCGCGUGGCUGCGAGCCUCUGCUACGGGGCCUUCCAGCCUGGGAUCGUUUCGACAAGCACACCGCAGCCCUCUCGCCGGGAUAUGACUAAUUCGCCCUACGUCGCAUCGGCCGCAUUUCCCACGUUUCAACAAGUCCAACAGUGACACUUACAAGAUGUCUGGAACCGAUUUGCGCGGAUCAUGCCCGGAACCGUACUACCAGGAGGACCUUUUUGACAAUGGCGGAUUUGUCGGAGGACGCUUCUGUCAAGUCACGCCGAUCGCAGGUAAUGCUUCUUGCUGCCUUCCGUGUCCACAAGCCACGUGGCUGUAUGGUGAAGAAAUCCAGGAGAAAACAAGGAUCGCGAGUUGGAUUUCAGUCGCCGUGUUGCCUUUUUGCAUAUUCCUAUUGGUAUCAUAUGCUGUUCUACCAGCGAAACGAACACACCGUCAUUACUUGAGCAUUUGCUUUACCCUCGGCAUCUGCUGCAUGCAGCUCGCAUUCGUCAUUCCUCUCGGGACGAAACCAGACCAAUGCUAUAACGAGAUCACACCCAGGGAUAUGUACUCCAGUUUAUCAUGCGCCUUCACCGGCUCCAUGCUUCUCUUCGGUGGGUGGGUAGUGGUAGUAUUCAGUUUCAUCCGUACAAUUGCCUUCCACCUCCAGGUCUGCUGGGAAGUGAUUCUCGGCCCCAAGUUCAUGUGGGGUGCGUUCAUCUGCGGCUUGGGCAUCCCAAUCAUUGGAACAUCAAUCAUGCUAGUCUUGACCGGAGUAUCUUUCCGAUUCGGCGAUGUGUGCCAUAUCAACAUUGAAAAGAGUUUACAGGAUUACUGGAUUCCGAUCAUAGCAUUUGCCGGCGCGUCCCUGAUUAUGCAGUUCACGACAAUGGGCUACUGCGUUCAUGUCUACAUCAAGUCCCUUUACGAUACGGCACCGACCACGAACAGCUCCAACAUCCAGUCGUAUACUGCGAGUGUCGGCACAUUGACCGCGCGUCAAGCCUACCGACGUGUUCGCAAGAUUCUCAAGCUACAGUGGAGAAGCAACUGCCUUGUUCUGGUCAUUCUUGCCAACGUUAUCGUUUUCGCUGUCAUCUUCAUUCGAGCAGAUGACCAGCUGGAAGUUACACCCGAGAACCUCGCCCGAGCAACGCCUUGGCUACUCUGCCUUGCUCUGAACGGUGGUGAUAAGACGCAAUGCUUUGAAGAGGCCAAAGAUAUUGGGCCAACCGAACCAACGCUCUUGGUGUUACUUGUCCUUCUGACCCUGGUCGGAUUUUGGAAUUUCGUCCUCUUUGCGCGCCCAUCCAUGUUUGUUGGAUGGUGGGACCUGAUUACGCGAAGAGACACCACCCAGUUUGAGUUUGUGUCUGCCGACGCUCGCAAAAUGCGGGCCGAGGCGCACAGCUACGAAAUGCUCAGCAGCAACGGACUACCGUCUUACAAGAGCCCCGAACCCCACGCCGAGCCCUAUGUGCGGUCUCCCAGUCCCGCCUACACGGCGCGGACAAUGAGUCCCGAUCUGAAUAACCACUACGGACGGGACGCACGCUAUGUCCGACCAUCAAUGAGCUUCUCCGGACCACGACCCCCAAGCUCGCCGCAACACAAUGGACGAGACUGGGAUCCCGAGGCAACAUUCGCUCGCGCAUAUCACCAGCGAUGACACCUCCCUUGCUAUUACUAUAAUGUGUCCAUAUAAAAACUUGCAUUGUGAUUUCUACGACGCGCACGACUGUAUACCCAUCUAAUUCCUUUUUUUUUUCUCCUACCAUCACCUUCAUUCUCUGUCAUUGAUUCUGACUCUUCCCUGCGUACCCUCCUGGGGAGGCCAAGGAUUGUACUAUCUCGCUUCUUUUUUCCUUACGUGUGGCGGGCCAAUCGGUAUUGCAACGGCACGGAGUAAUUAUGGAUGUCAUAUUAGACUGGGACAAAGGAGUUCAAGCAUUUAUUGCAUAAGACAGAAAUACAGCAAGUUAAUGAUUACGCCGAGCUCAGCUCACCUCUUCGCAAGAUUGGAGCGAGGGUCGAGUUCCAUGGAACGAAACCUGCUUCUCAUCGGCUCCGGCAGUUUGAACAUGGCUGCAGAUCAUCCUAGAGGAGUCGUCAAAAUUCUUGUCAUGUCGAUGACAAUAAUCUGCUCCGAACUCGACUGGUUCGGUGCGUGGUGGGAUGCCGAUCAGCCACGAACGUGCAGCGGCCCUGAAGUUUGUUGAACAUUCUGGAAGCACUCAAGAAUUCGCUCCCCGUCAACUCAUGCAUGGGCCAUGGCACCGCGACCCAGAGUUCACCAAAACCCUUUUCCAGCGUUCCUCCCGCCUUCCAUGCUUCCAUGUGGUUUCUUUUCUUUUCUUUUCCUUUUUCUUUUUUUUUUUUUUUUUU